AUUUGGAAUUCGGAGGCAUUGCGUCACAAGUCAAAGAGCCCUAUGUGAUUUCACUCACUCGACGUUUCCUAUCAAAAGUAGUUUUGCUUCAGUUGAAGCGUAAAUGGACGGUUUAUUGUACGCCCGGCGUGUAUAUUUAAUCUACUUCACCUGAAUGCUGACCAUUAAAAAGUAAAAUCAAGUUACGAAAUAGCUAAAUACACGAUUGUUGACUUUUCGCUUGCUGGCUAGCUCCGCCAGCUGAGUCUAACGUCAAGAUGGACCAGGCAGCGAGCCGAUACCAAGUGUUUGAGAAUGAUGAAGACGACUCCUGUGAGCCCUCCACCAGCGCCCAGCAGCCGUGCACCUCGGCCCAGGCCAACUCGUCCUCCCAGGACUGCCCAGUCCCAGUAGCCCUGGAGGGGGACGCAGAGGCUCCACCUCCCCCGUAUGCCAGCAUCGCCCUGGGAGCCACCGCUGCCAUGCCUGUAGAGAGCAGUUGUUACCCAAGUGAUUUCCCCGUGCCGCCCCCCUACAGCGUGGCCACCUCGCUUCCCACCUACGAUGAGGCAGAGAAAGCCAAAGCUGAAGCCAUGGUACUCUCUUCUGUGGAGGUGAUACCAGGGGAGGAUGACUUCCCUCCAAGGGAUGACUUCAGCGAUGUCGACCAGCUGAGGGUGGGGAAUGACGGCAUUUUCAUGCUGGCCUUUUUCAUGGCCUUCCUGUUCAAUUGGAUUGGCUUUUGCCUGUCAUUCUGCCUGACCAACACCAUCGCUGGCCGAUACGGGGCCAUCUGCGGCUUUGGCCUCUCUCUCAUCAAGUGGAUUCUCAUCGUCAGAUUCUCUGACUACUUUACUGGAUACUUCAAUGGGCAGUACUGGCUCUGGUGGAUUUUCCUGGUCCUCGGUCUCCUGCUUUUCUUCAGAGGGUUUGUGAACUACCUGAAAGUGCGCAACAUGUCUGAAAGCAUGGCUGCCUCGCACAGAACACGCUUCUUCUUCCUGUACUGAGGUUGUCGCUCCAGACAUUCCUCCUUAAUGUGAAAUUCCCUGAGGAUUUGCGACCCUCUUCUCAAAUGACCAGGACAACAAAAAAAAACACUGAAAAGACGUGAGGAAGAAAAGAACCAGUGCGUCAUUACAGCUGCGAAAGUCUGGCGUCUUUCAUUAAAAGCAAAAACAGCUGACUCGUCUCUUUUUCAGAAAGUCCGUACAAUACAGAUUAACCCAGCUAAAUAUACCCUGUGUGUUUCUGAUCUUUUCACCGGCUUUGUUUGGCUCUUUAGAUUUCAAUUGCCUUCCUGAUCUAACCCCUGUAGUGGUCCCAUCCUGCUUAAUAUCCCAAGUCUUGAACAGUGAAUACACCUUAACAGGAGGCAGUAUAGUGCAGUGUAGUACCUGGGUCUACCUGUUGUGGACGUUUGUGGAAAAGCACACACAAGAAGAUGGAAGAAAACAGUAUGCAGCCAAGUACCUGAACUGGAUAUCUGCUCCCAAUGAGGAGGAUGAUGAUGAUGAUGAUGAUGAUGAAACGGUUAGUCAUUUUAAAAAACACUUUUAGAGCUCUAUCGGAGUAUCAAUAUUACAAUUUGAAUUAUAUCCCUUGAUUUUAAUCCCCGUAUUUAAUUGUCUUUGGUAUAAAAACAUGUUAUUUGAUGAAACUCAUGACUUUUAUUGUGAAAUGAUUGAACUGUAUCACAGCUUAUGCCAAUUUAUAUGUGCAACCUCUUUCUCCAUCAGUGAAUUGCUUACUUGUCAUAGUGCGUGUACUGAUCUCUUUGUCUGUCCAAUUUUGAACUGGAAUUUGUGUUUAUCCCAAAAAAGGAAAUCUGCCUUUUGCACUUUUUUUUUUUUUUUUUUUUUAAAUUACAUUUUCAUUAAGUUGAUUAUUGCAAUUAGCCUGAACUGUGACAUUUUAAAGUAUUGUUUCCUUUCUUUAAUGCUUGAAUAAUGCCUUUGUCAUUUUGUUUAUGUUACACAGAAGCCUCAUCAGCAAUAUCGAAAAACCCAACUUAAAUGCACGAUUAUUCUGGCCGAGUUGGUUAUAAUAGUAUUCAGCUAAAGCAACGUUAUUAAUAUUCUAUAUGUAUGUUUGUAGAACAACCAAACUGUUUUUGUCAGAAAUGAUUCUUGGAACAUCUCUGGUACUCCGAGAUGCUGAUGCGUGCUUGUUAACGCUUUAACCUGAAGUCUUGCAAAAUGCCAAUAAAGUUCCAAAUGCACCCUG